AUGGGUUCUCGUAAAGUAACAACGAAAAUUAUAAACUCUCCUGAUAGUUGCGUGGAUGAUAAUCUUCGUGGGCUGGUGGCGCUAUACCCUCAGAUACAGCUGCACCCUAAACACAGGGUGCUCACUUUAAGAAGAAAGGAUGACUCUGGCAGAGUAGCUAUCAUGGGAGGAGGUGGCUCCGGUCAUGAACCAUUUACAGCAGGUCUUAUAGGUGAGGGUAUGUCGGACGGAGCGGUGGCUGGCGGUGUGUUCGCCUCGCCACCUACAGGAAACAUCUUGUACGGAAUCACACAGCUUUAUAAAUACAAUUCUGGUGGUGUUCUGGUGUUGCUAGGAAACUAUACAGGAGACAGAUUAAAUUUCGGCAAGGCUUUCGAAAAAGCUAAGAUGGCUGGAAUUAAGGUUGAAGGAAUCAUAACGGGUGAGGACGUCGCCUCUAGCCACAACAAAACCGGUGGAAGAGGUAUGUGUGGCGAAGUAUUCAUCUAUAAGAUGUGCGGAGCGAUGUCUGCCAAAGGAAGUGAUUUAGAAUCUAUAAGAAGCAUGGCUGAGAGCGUUAAUAAAAAUAUGGCAACCUUAGGAAUUUGUCUGACUGCAUGUUCUUUGCCAGGUCAACCCCCUUUGUUCGAGACCAACCCUGGCGAGAUGGAAGUAGGAGCCGGAGUUCACGGGGAGGCCGGGGUGGAGAAGAGGAAGGUGGGCACCGCCCGGGAGACGGUCGGCAUGAUCCUGGACAAGAUAGUAUCUCAUCUCAAACUAAGGUCUGGUAACAGAGUGGCGGGCAUGAUAAAUAAUAUGGGCGGCACCUCCUUGCUGGAAAUGAACAUCGUGGCAUCUGAAAUCAAGGAUUACUUGGAUUCCAAACAGAUUAAAAUGGAACGUCUCUACUCCGGUCAUCUGAAGACUUCAUUGGAAAUGCAGGGCUUUCAAAUCUGUCUUUUAAAUCUCAGUCAUGAUGAUGGUGACUUCUGGCUCGAAUUGUUGGACGCUCCGACUACAUCUGCGGUCUGGCCUGGGGGACCUCUGUCACGAGGGGAACCCGGGCCUCAUGAAGACGACGACAGCUUGGUAGAAUCACGAGAUGAUAAGAUGAUCUCGGGUCCAAUAUUCUCUAACUCCGAGCAAGAGCUGAUGAAGUCUAGUCUAUUGAAAGCUUGUCAAGAUUUGGUCAACAUCGAGAAGCAGCUUAACGAGUUGGACUCUGGUUGUGGCGAUGGAGACUGUGGGAUUACUCUUAAGAACUUUGCUCAAGGGGUUCAAGGUUACCUAUCUUCGGGCAGUCUAGAGCGACCAGCUCGUGUGUUAUGGCAACUAUCUGAAUUGGCGGAAGCGGAUAUGGGAGGGACUUCCGGAGGACUCUACAGCUUGGGAUUGUCUGCUGCUGCGGCGGCGCUGUCCAAAGCCACAGCAAACGAUAGGAAUACAUGGUUAUCCGCGUUGGAUGGUGCUAUAUCUGCCAUCAGUAAAUACGGAGGAGCCGAGCCGGGAGAUAGGACGAUGUUGGACCCUCUGCAUCAGGCGGCCGUAGCGUUCAAACAAAACAUCAACAGCGAUUUAAAAACAUUGCUUUCGUCAAUGAAGGAAGCAGCAGAAAAAGGCGCCAGAGACACCGCUCAUAUGGUUGCGAGAGCUGGUCGCGCGUCCUACGUGAGUCAGAAUCGUCUCCGGGACGAGGAUGCAGGGGCUCGAGCCGUCUCUUGUUGGAUAAAGGCAUUACUGGACACCAUAAUGUCAAACAAAAACUAA